AAGCCGCAUCCAGCCCCGAUCCCGGCCGCCGCAGCAGCCUCUAGACCAGACCAGCAGCAUGUCGUUCCCCGCAGGCAAGGCGCCGGAGCGCAAGAACUUCUUCAAGAAGGGCAUCGACGCCGAUGAGUCGCGCCGCAGCCGCAUGGAGACCACCGUGCAGAUCCGCAAGACCAUCAAGGAGGACCGCAUGAACCAGCGUCGCCGCAUGACGCCGGGCGACAACGGAGCUGCGGCCACGCCCGCCAUGGGUGAUGCGGCCGGGGAGAUGACGCUGCUGCAGCGGCUGUCGGAGCUUCCUCAGAUGGUGACGGGUGUCCAGUCGAGCGACGCGGCCGUGCAGCUCGAGGCCGUGACCAAGUUCCGCAAGCUGCUGUCUAUUGAGCGCAACCCGCCUAUCAAGGAGGUGAUUGACACGGGUGUUGUCCCCAUUUUCGUACAGUUCCUUCAGCGCGAGGACUUCCCCACGCUCCAGUUUGAAGCCGCCUGGGCUCUGACGAACAUUGCUUCGGGUACCUCUGCGGAUACCGAGGUGGUGAUCAACCACGGCGCCGUGCCUAUUUUCUGCCAGCUGCUGCUGUCCACCAACGACGAUGUGCGCGAGCAGGCCGUGUGGGCUCUCGGUAACAUUGCCGGUGACUCGAUCGAGUGCCGUGACAUGGUUCUGCGCUGCGGUGCCCUGCGUCCGCUCAUGCAGCAGCUGACGGAGAACUCGAAGCCGACGAUGCUCCGCAAUGCUACGUGGACGCUGUCCAACUUCUGCCGUGGCAAGCCGCAGCCGCUGUUCGAGCUGGUGGCGCCCGCUCUGCCGACUCUGGGCCAGCUCAUCUACACUCACGAUGAGGAGGUGCUGACGGACGCUUGCUGGGCUUUGUCGUACCUGUCCGAUGGAUCGAACGAGAAGAUCCAGGCCGUGAUUGAGGCUGGUGUCUGCCGACGAAUUGUGGAGCUGCUGAUGCACCACUCUCCUUCUGUGCAGACGCCUGCCCUGCGUACGGUCGGAAACAUUGUGACGGGCGACGAUCUGCAGACGCAGGUCAUUAUCAACCUGAACGCGCUGCCGUGCCUGCGUGCGCUCCUGGAGAGCCCGAAGAAGGGCAUCCGAAAGGAGGCCUGCUGGACGCUCUCCAACAUUACGGCUGGCAACCAAGAGCAGAUCCAGUUUAUCAUUGAGGCUGACAUUUUCCCGUCCCUGAUCAACUUCCUGUCGACGGCCGAGUUCGACAUCCGCAAGGAAGCUGCCUGGGCUGUGUCGAACGCUACGUCUGGCGGUUCGGCCGAGCAGAUCAUGCACCUUGUCAGCCUUGGCUGCAUUAAGCCGUUGUGCGACUUGCUGGAGGUUAAGGACGCGAAGGUGGUGAUCGUGGCUCUGGAGGGUCUCGAGAACAUUCUCCGUGUGGGCGAGCAGCAGAAGACUAACGACAUCAACGACGUCGCGACGAUGAUUGAUGAGGCGGACGGUGUGAACAAGAUCCAAGCGCUGCAGUACCACGCCAACGAAGACAUUUACAUGAAGUCCAUGAAGAUCGUGGAAGCAUACUUCAAUGGCGAGGAGGAUGCGGAGGAUAGCCUAGCCCCCGACACGGACGCCAACGCGCAGCAGUUCCAGUUCGGCACAUCCUCGGACCAGCCCACCAUGUUCCAGUUUGGCCAGAACUGAUUUGAUCAGGAAACGAUGAGCUAGACAGUAACGGAGACGGGUUCGAUUGAACCAAUGGACAGUUGCAGGAGAAGUCUAUGGAACGCCCCGGGGAGAUAGUACUCGUGCGAAAUGUAUUUCCCUGUUUGCUUUUUUAUUAUCUGCUCGUGUAAGCUGCGGCGGCGCUGCUCUCGUCUGUCACGAAUCGUAUCUUGCUCACGUUGAAGAUGUGCCGUGCCGUCAAAGCGCAGUGGAUGACAUCCACAUCCACUGGAUGUACAGGCAGCAGGGAUUGAAAAAAAAAUUGUAAUUGAAAAAGUGCAACAAU